GCGCGAGGACGAGCUCAUCCGCCUGUACGCACCUACGAAGCCCGCGACUGUCGGCGGGGACGCGCACACAGGUCCGGUCCAACGUGAGCGAGCUUCUGGUUCUGUUGUUUAUUUUUCACAAUAAAAGCUUCAGCGGAACGAAAACUGACAGACCCGCUAACGUCAAACUUCCUCACCUGGUUCCGCCCCCUGACGUCACAGGUUUGAGCUCCUCUGAGGGUGAAGGAAACACGCUGAAUAAACUCUUUCAUUAAUUGGGUGAUGUUUGACUCGAGCCGGCUCCAAGCUCUUUGAACAAAUAAACAAACGUUCUGUUAUUUCUGCUUUGGUUCGUUAUCAGGGCGAGUUUUAGCCCCUCCCCCCCAGCAUCAGUGAGCAGAUCAACACAGGCUGACCUGAUGGAUUAUAAUAAAUGAGUGUUUAAUGUGCGAGGCUUUCACACUCUGAGUAUAAAAACGAAUAAAGACAAACGCAGGUGUUCUGAUUUAAUCAUCGUAAAAGGAUUGUAAAGUUGCUUUCAGACAACAGUCAAAGUUUCUCACUGAGGCUCUUCAGGUAGACUUCAGACCCUCCCACCUGCACUGAGGGGUCCUCCAGAGAUCUGAUUGGUCAGCAGGCAGGGAGACCUGUCCUGGGCUCGUCUAUGGGGAGAUGAAUGGGUUAGCUAGCGUGGUUAAGUCGCCAUGGCAACCUACACUGAUCACACCCGGUGGCGAGCAGGUUAUCUUCAGUGUCAGCUUAAAACUGUCACGUUCUUCCUGAUUCUUUUAUUCACGGCAGGGGUCUCGACCUCCAGUCCUCGAGGGCCUGAGACGUUUCCAUGUGUCCCUGCUGCAGCACACCUGAAUGCAACUAACACUCAGCACCUCCAGGAGUCUGAGCCGCCGACCAUCAAGCAGGAGCAGCAGGAGCAGCAGGAGGAGGUGUGGGUCGCUCCUCAGGCAGCAGAGGAGGAUGUUAAACCAUUCAAGCAUGAGCUGCCUGAGGAGGAGGAGGCUCAGAUGGUGGAGAUAAUGAAAGACGAAGCCCAGCCGAGCACUUCCUGUGAGGAGCCCAUUGCUCCUCCUCCGCAUGGUGCUCCUGCUGUUGGUGAAGGCAGUGGAGGAGGUGGGACUUCCUGCAGCUGUAAAGUUUGCGGGAUGAAGUUCAGCUACCGGGGCUCUCUGCUGAACCACGCCGAGACUCACGCCGCCACCGAGUGCUGCCUCUGCAGCGUGUGCGGCGAGCCGCAGGCUGACCGGCAACGCCUGCUGGAGCACCUACGGACACACCUGAAGAGCCACGUCUGCAAGUUAUGUGGGAAAAGCUUCCAGCGGCGGGUGGAGCUGAAGGUGCACACACGCAGCCACACGGGCGAGAAGCCUUUCAGCUGCCGGCUGUGCGGGAAGCGAUUCACCCGCAAGAACAACAUGGAGAUUCACAUGAGGACGCACACUGGCGAAAAGCCGUACCACUGCACCAUCUGUGGGAAGGGCUUCAACAUCACCUCCUCCAUGAUCCGCCACGCCCGCACGCACACCGGGGAGAAACCCUACAGCUGCCGCAUGUGUGGGAGGAGCUUCACGGCCAGCUCGGACAUGAAGAUCCACAUGAGGACGCACACGGGCGAGAAGCCCUACACCUGCCCCGUGUGCGGGAGGGGCUUCGCUCUCAGCACGCCACUUAAACACCAUAUGAAGCACCACACGGAGGAGCGGCCGUACUGCUGCAGCCACUGCAACCGCUGCUUCAGCGACGUGUACACGCUGCGGCGCCACAUGAAAAACCACAGUGAGAGUGCGGCGUCCUGACAGGUGGCGAGGACUGUGGGCGGAAAUCACACUUCCUGUUUUUACCACAGAUUGGGUGGUGCCACUCCGUGAAUCAGGACUUUUUUUUUUCCUUUUAUAAUCUGGAUUAUUUAUCAGGCGCUGCGGGGUCGACCGCCAUUCGCUGUCAGUUACGGACCAAUGAGAGCCCAAAAGUGGAACGAGGUCACGUGGGCUCGAGGACGCCGCAGACGCCACGGCCGUGACUUAUUUCCUGUUAAAGUUCUGGAGGCCGCAUUCACACCUGGUGCACUUUUAAACCUCCACGCAGUCUCACGAUGAUAAAAACCUGCGUGGUGUCUGCAGACCGCGGCUCACGGUUCACCUGCAGAAACACUUCUUCACGCCCUCUGGAUCAGUGAGGCCCAGACUGUGUGUCAUGGCCCUCUGGUGGGCCCUGAAGGUACUGCAGGCCGGACUGAGAGCUCAUGCGCAAUAAAAAUCUCAGCUCAAAAGAGUUUAAAAUCUUUAACAUUCACACUUUCUAAACCUUUAGACAAGAAGAUGAUUCAGUUUUGUACUCCUGUUAAUUCUGACAGGAUUUGGUUGAUGACAUCAGAUUUUUCCAUGAAAGUUUUCUUUUGAAUGCCAGAAGAACUUUUUGACUCAGGUUUUACAUUUUAGCUUAAAAAUUCCUUUAAAAUUUACACUGAAAGAAUGAAACAUCCACGGGACGUAAACAAGUUCCUCGCUGCUGUUCCUAAGUGAUCGUUUUAAACAUUUCUCAAAAGACAAGAUUCAAAAACAGCACAGACACACAGGUCACGUGUCAGUUUCCUCUCAUUUUAGUUUUUAUUAAAGGCGAUGCAGAAGUUUGAGACCCAAUAAAAUUUCUUUUCAUGUGAUUUGCUUUGAUCUGUGUUCAAAGGGAACCAGAGUAAAUAUGGUGUCAGUCUGAUCAGAACUGAUAUUAAUAUUUUGUUUUAUUUAAAUGUUGGGAUUUUGUGUGAAAUAUAAAAAAUGAAUGCAGUGACCUCUGACCUU